AUGCCGGGCGUCGUUAUGGACAAUGUUAAUGUUGGCGGGGCCGGACAAGAGUCAGGCAUACACGAGUCCAAAAAUGGCUUGUCGAAUCCUGGCGGGCCAGGGAGCUCUACCGAACUACGAAAUGGCGCGACUCAUGUGAAUGGGGUAUCGGGAACCGCGAGUGAUCAGCUAUGGAAAGAAGAGACUUCAGCAGCGUCAGGAGAGCCGCCGGCACUUGUGCAUAUAACCCAAGGGUUUUUCCCAUUCUCGAUGUUGGUUAAUAGAUCAGUUCAGCAAUGCUGGAAUGAUCUGUCGGAGUUGAUUGCAGAGCUAGCAGAAAUGCAGGUGCCGUCCCAAGAUCAGCCGUCAUUCAUCCCCCAUGGGAAGUCCUCAGGAAACCAGAAUUCUGCGAAUGUACAGAAAAAACUCCGGUUACUGGAUUUUGCGCAUGCGAAACGAGCUGAAUUCAUCAAACUUCUCGUUCUCUCACAAUGGAGUCGACAAGCCGCCGAUGUCAGCAGACUCAUCGACCUGCAGGGUUUCAUUCGUACUCGUCACCAAGCCUAUGCGGGGGCUCUUCAAUGGGUCGGUGACAUGAAGAGAGACCUGGUCAUGGCUCAAGUAGCUAACCCUGACUUGAAAACCGCGCUAGAAGUUCUAUCUAAGGGUAGGGUGACAGCUAUGUCCGAUCUCGGGUAUAAGCCGCCAAAGCCGUUGACAGCAAAGCGCACUCUCAAGAAGCUGCAGAAACUGAACAAGAUAAUCAGUAUACGGUUAACAUUGCAUGACCAAGUGCCCCGAGCUUUUCAGACAUAUCGUGUUCAUGACGGCAGGGUGACUUUUUCUGUCCCUGGGGAGUUCGAACUUGAUCUUUCUGUGGGAGAAGACAAUAAGUCUUCUCAGUUUUUCUUUGUUGAUAUCCGCUUUCUUUUUUCCCCUUCGUCCGCCAUUCCCAAAGGUCGAGUUCUGAAUGAGCUUGACAUCAGAAUCAAUGAUGUACUCCGUGACAGCGGCCUCACCGGUUGCUUCGACCUGUUGCACAGUCUGGUUCUUACCUUCAAGGUCAAUGUGCUUUUCAAGCAAUCUAUCGACUUAGCAAGAGGUUCUUGGUCCGAUGUCCUUCGAGUUGAGCUCCUACACCGAACACUCAUUGUGCAAUAUUGGGCGUUUAAACUUGGGGCUAAGAGCUGGCUUGAAGUUGGCGUCAAGAGUGGUCGUCGACGAGGGAGCCAUGGGAAUCCUGGAGUACCAUAUUUGGGACUUCGCUGGAUGCGAGACGGUCAAGAGGUCGACAACGCAGACAUUGAGUUUGACACGGAAAAUCUAUCAAUGGAGUGUGUCCUGCGGAGUGUUAUAGCACUACAUGUCUCCCAUAUUCUCUCCUCAGUGUAUACCAGUCUCAGCGAGAACUCAUUGUUCUCCACUGGUACACUAUCUUUGCGCGCCCAGUUAUCUCGGAUAGAGCCUGGAGACUGCCAGCUCGACAUCCAGCUUACGGCGUCCAGACGCCUCCGUGUCACAAUUGAACCAAUGUCAGGUGCCAGUAUUCUGUCGGCGGCGCCUAGCAUAUUAGAUCGACCUGAUAGUGACCGUGGGCCCGAUAAGUCGCUCACUGAUGAAAUUGCGUCUCGUGUGGCACGGAUUCGUUGUUCCUCUGCGAUAGAAGAGAUUGAGUCAAAUCUGAGAAUUCUCGGCUUUGAAGCUGUCAGUCCUCGGUCUCUUAAAGUUGAAAUCCGGAGAAUCUUCCCGUCUAACGUUAUACGGUUUACGUUCUUCCGGCACCAUCUAUGGGAACCUAAUUGGCUCAUAGCCGCGACGAGCAGCAUGGACAGCGAUAACUGGUGGGUCAUACAGCUUCGAGCGACGUUGUCAGCAAAUAAACACCCAACUCUUGGUGCUCAAAAUACAUCUAUGCUUCGAUCAGCUCAAGUCAUCAGCAGUAGGUUCCUUGCUGCGCAGCAACACACGAGCUAUGCGGCAUGUGCGGAUCUUGGGCAUUGUCUCACUGGGAUACUGGCGAUAUACGCCAAUGCUCGCUUUCUGUUGGAAUUGCAGCGCAUCCAUUUUCACCCUCCGCUGCAUAAAUUACAAAUUGAAACGGGUCUUCGAACACCAGAUAUCUUCAUUCGCUAUGAAGCCUCGAACCUUCCUCCCGCUUUGCGGAUAGCACAGCCUGCUGGAUUGAAGAAAUCUUACAUUAAAAACACCAUUCGCGUUUCCUUUCAUGGCGUCGAUCCUCACAAGAAUCUCGCCAUUCUUGUGGCAUACGGGAGCUUAGCAAUGCCUGUUAAGUUUCUGGGCACGCUGGUCUCGAAAUGGGAUCGUUCUAUCGUUUUUCGGCAGAAAGGCGGUGGCUUUGCAAUUCGUCUUCUUGCGCCAGCAGGUCAAGUUGUCAUUGUAGAUCUCAUCGAGAAAUUGCAACGCCUCGAACGGAUACUGUCCAUUAUUGAGUCUCUCCAACGGAAGAAAAUGGACGUUCUGUCGCUGUCGUUAUCACGCAUUGCUUUCUCUUAUGGUCCUGGCAAAGCGCUGCGUGCCAACAUCAAUGUCAACGCGUCUGGACCCUCGUCCUCUGCGGAUACUGACCUUGCUGGCAUCCCGUCGAAGGCAGAGUCCGUCUUCUUCCAGCGCCUGGGGAUUGCCUUUGAUUAUCCAAACCCUCAUCGGCGCAUUCAAGAGUCCUUGACAACUAGUUUGAAUAGCGCGUCUAGCGAAGCUGGCCUAGACUCCUUCUUUGAACUUCUCACACUCACACUUCCAUUGCUGCGAGCUCUCGACCAGAUAACCAUCAAUCCAUCCCACAACGAGCCGCUGAAAGCUCAAGUAACAGUGCGCAAUGCGAAAACAUAUCAAAUUCACUAUCCUAUCGCAAAAUUUCGCUUUCAGCUAGUUGCUGGCCAGCAUUUGAACCGAAUGACUUGGAUAUUGAAAGAUGUGAGCGGCACACAGGACAGAUCACACCAGAACCAAAUCACAGGCAGUCUGCGAGAAAAGCUGUACAAUGCAAAGGGUGACGGCUGGAGAGGACUCGGAACGGGGAUGGUAGCAGAAGUUGACAAAGUUUCGAAUCUCAUCUUGGAGCUUGACAGUUGCUUUAGCGAUUCUCGAAGCAAUAUAGCUACACCGGGCCAUAGCGCCGUGGGACACGGUACCCGGAAUGUCAGCCAACAGGGGGCAGUCGGACAGGCCGGGCCUGCACAAACUUCAGAGGCAGGAGUGCCCUCUAGUAGAGGUCUGCCUGCUGUUGGGGCUCCUGGCAGGAAACCCGAACAGAAAGCUUCGGACGAUGUUAUUAUGAUUGACUAA